AUGAUAUUGUUCCCAAGUACUCUUUAUUUUUGCGGGUUAUUAUAAAUGAUGUUAGCGGGGAAGUAAAAUAAACAUCAUUACCUGAGGAGCCACGUGCAUGUAGCUUAGCCCAUGCAUUUUAGCAUAUUUUAAACAAUUUAUUUUUUAGUUAUCUCGUCGACUCUAGAUAUCGUAUCGCUAACCCCCAAGUGGUCAAAUUCGUUUUCGGGGAAUAUAUUUGUUGAACUAGUUUCUUCACGUACAUUUGAAAUUUUUGCUUUCUUUGUGUUCAUUGUCUCAAUUAUCUUUCUGAGCUGCUGCCAAACGUUUUUAAAUAUUCCUACUCACGUGCCAAACUUUAAAAUAUUUUAUUACCAAGUUCAUGAAAUUCACAUAUGGGUUUCAAUUUAAUUAUUUGUCUGUAGCAAAUACAUAAUAUAGUCAGUGGUAUUAGUAUCAUGUCUAUACUAAUAGCCGUUAGUAGACGACACAAUUGUCAAUUAGAUUCUGAUUUCCAAUAUAAACAAACACAGACACUUCUUACAAACGAAAACAUAAAUAUGAUAUUUUUGAAUCAGUUAUGAAAAUUCAGUUGUGAGAUGUACAUUUCAAAUAAUAUAACCUUUGAACCGGACAGUCACGAAAUUUUUUGAAACAUCCAGUUCUUAAGGUUGAAGUUGUGAAAUAUUUAAUAGAAAUCGAAGAACAGCAAUAAUGGAUAAGCUCAAAGAAAAUCACUAUUUUUGCGACUUGCGACCAGAAACAUUAGAAAGAAAAUAUGAUUUGGAUACACAAAUAAAAUUAGGUCACCAGGGAAGAAAAAAUUAUUCAAGCAAUAUUCAUGAAAAAACCUUUGCGAGAGUAUUAGAUGUAACAUAUUUUGACAAAGGAAAAAAGGACUACGUCUGUGUCGUGUGUCAAGGAAUAUUUCCUUCUUGGAACAAUUUAGCGAGACACUAUAAAAUUGUUCACGCAGAGCAAAAGUACUACGGUUGUGAUGUGUGCCAAAAAGCGUUUGCAAAUUUGGACCAUUUGAAGGAACACCAAAGAUCAGUUCACGAAGGAUAUAACAAAUACGGAUGCGACGUGUGUAAAAAAACGUUUGCAGGGAAGAGUAAUAUGAAACAACACUACAAAAGAAUUCAUGAAGGGCGAAAAGAUUACGAAUGUGAUGUGUGUCAAAAAGCAUUUUCUGAUCGAAGCGUUUUAAAGAGACACCAACAAAGAGUUCACGAAAAACGAAGAGACUAUGAAUGCGAAGUGUGUCAAAAAACGUUUUUAUCAAAUCAGCACUUAACACUUCAUCGCAAAUCUGUUCACGAAGGACGAAAAGACUAUGUAUGCGAUGUGUGUCAAAAAGCAUUUUCUGAUCGAAGCUAUUUGAAGAAACACCAACAAAUAGUUCACGAAAAACGAAGAGACUAUGAAUGCGAAGUGUGUCAAAGAGCGUUUUCACGUGUGGAAAAUUUGAAGGCACACCAAAGAUUAGUUCAUGAAGGACGAAGGGACUAUGAGUGCGAAGUGUGUCAAAAAAAGUUUGGAACAAAUCGGAACUUAACAGUUCAUCACAAAUCUGUUCACGAAGGGAGAAGAGACUACGUUUGCGAUGUGUGUCAAAAAGCAUUUUCUGAUCGAAGCUAUUUGAAGAGACACCAACAAAAAGUUCACGAAAAACGAAGAGACUAUGAAUGCGAAGUGUGUCAAAAAGCAUUUUCUGAUCGAAGCUAUUUGAAGAAACACCAACAAAUAGUUCACGAAGGACGAAAAGACUAUGUAUGUGAUGUGUGUCAAAAAGCAUUUUCUAAUCGAAGCCAUAGGACGAGACACUACAAAACUGUUCACAUAGAGCGAAAACACUACGAAUGCGAAGUGUGUCCAAGAGCGUUUUCACGUUUGGACAAUUUGAAGGAACACCAAAUGAUUCACGAGGGACGAAAAGAUUAUGAGUGCAACGCGAGUCAGAAAGUAUUUUCAGAGCAGGAUAUUGUGAAGGAAGACCAAAAAAUAGUUUACGAGGAACAAAUCGAAAAUAUUUGUGACGUUCGUCCAGAAGUAUAUACGACAGAACACAUCUUAACCAACCACAGCAUAACUGAUCACGACGAACAAAGAUACGUCAAAAUGCAAAAUGUAUUUCGAAAGAAAUUUUAUAAAGGCCAAAAGGGUUAUGUCAGUGAUGGUUGCAAAAAAGCAACAAGUCUUAAUUUGAAGCCUGAGUUGUGUGAUUGUGCGAAUUGUCAAAAGUCAUUUAUAUAGAGACAAAGUUUGAUCUCUCACACAGUGUUAGGCAGUCACCCAAUAUUAGAGAGAAUUCAAGUUUUUAAUGUAACAAACAUUUUAUUUGAUGAUGCAAUUAUUGUAUUGUAUUAACAAUAAUUAUCUUUGUCAAGUUUAAGUAUUAUUUAAAAAAUGACGAGUUCGUUAUUAUGUAAAUAUUGAUUUUGGUCUGUAAUUUACUACAUGAAAUUGAUCAUGUAAAUUUAUAAACUGUGGCGCAGGAUGGACGUGUGUAGGCCAAGUCAAAGUUUUAACGCACUAAUGCGCGGUAGUACACCAGAAAAUGUGUAAACUUGCCUCACGCAACUAAAAUUCAUGUAUAAAUGUAUUGUAAUGUUGAGAAAAAAUAGAAUUGCAUAUCAUCAACAGGUAUAUAAAUGCAAGUGUGGAAAUGUAUCCACAGCCCAUAA